CGGUCCCGGGAGAGGAGAGGCCCCGCCGCCGCCCGCGCCCGCCACCGCUCCGGCCCCGCUCCGGCCCCGCUCCGGCCCGCUCCCUGCGACUCGGGGAGGGCGGCCGCGGCCCGUGCGCCCCCGCGAUGGCCUCCCCGCCGCGCCCCCCGCGCCCCGCGCGCCCCGCCGCCGGGCUGCUCCUGGCCGCGCUGCUGCUGCCCGUCUGCGGCGCCUUCAACCUGGACGCCGACAGCCCCGCCGAGUACGCGGGCCCCGAGGGCAGCUACUUCGGCUUCGCCGUGGACUUCUUCGUGCCCAGCGCGUCCUCCAUGUUCCUCCUGGUGGGCGCGCCCAAGGCCAACACCACGCAGCCUGGCAUCGUGGAGGGCGGCCAGGUCCUCAAGUGCGACUGGGCUUCUCAGCGGCGGUGCCAGCCCAUCGAGUUCGACGCCACAGGCAACAGGGACUAUGCCCAGGACGACCCGUUGGAAUUUAAGUCCCACCAGUGGUUUGGCGCAUCCGUGAGGUCCAAGCAGGACAAAAUUUUGGCCUGCGCCCCGCUGUACCACUGGAGGACGGAGACGAAGCAGGAGCGAGAACCCGUGGGCACCUGCUUCCUUCAGGACGGGGCGCGGACCGUGGAGUACGCCCCGUGCCGGUCAAAAAACAUUGAUGCUGACGGACAGGGAUUCUGUCAAGGAGGAUUCAGCAUUGAUUUCACGAAGGCCGACAGAGUGCUUCUUGGUGGUCCUGGGAGCUUUUAUUGGCAAGGCCAGCUCAUCUCGGACCAAGUGGCAGAAAUCGUUUCUAAAUACGACCCCAAGGUUUACAGCAUCCAGUACAGCAACCAGCUGGCAACGCGGACCGCGCAGGCCGUGUUUGACGACAGCUACUUGGGUUACUCGGUGGCGGUCGGCGAUUUCAACGGGGACGGCAUCGAUGACUUUGUCUCGGGAGUUCCCAGAGCAGCGAGGACUUUGGGAAUGGUUUAUAUUUAUGACGGGAAGAACAUGUCCUCCUUGCACAACUUCACUGGCGAGCAGAUGGCUGCGUAUUUCGGAUUUGCUGUCGCUGCCACAGACAUCAAUGGGGACGAUUACGCGGACGUGUUCGUGGGCGCCCCGCUGUUCAUGGACCGCGGCUCGGACGGGAAGCUGCAGGAGGUGGGGCAGGUCUCCGUGUCCCUGCAGACGGCCUCGGGCGACUUCCAGACGACCAAGCUCAACGGCUUCGAGGUCUUCGCGCGGUUCGGCAGCGCCAUCGCGCCCUUGGGAGACCUGGACCAGGACGGCUUCAACGAUAUCGCCAUCGCCGCUCCCUACGGGGGUGAAGAUAGGAAAGGGAUCGUUUACAUUUUCAACGGCAGAUCCACGGGCUUGAACGCGGCGCCGUCGCAGGCCCUGGAGGGGAGGUGGGCCGCGCAGAGCAUGCCGCCCAGCUUCGGCUACGCCAUGAAGGGAGCCACGGACAUCGACCGCAACGGGUACCCAGACUUGAUUGUGGGAGCUUUUGGUGUGGACAGAGCUGUGUUGUACAGAGCCAGACCGGUCAUCACAGUCAGCGCUGGCCUUGAAGUCUACCCAAGCAUUCUAAACCAAGACAAUAAGACCUGCUCGCUGCCUGGGACAGAUCUGAAAGUUUCCUGCUUCAACGUCAGGUUCUGCCUGCGGGCGGAUGGCAAAGGCGCGCUUCCCGCCAAACUGAACUUUCAGGUGGAGCUUCUUUUGGAUAAACUCAAGCAAAAGGGAGCAAUUCGCCGAGCACUGUUUCUCCAUAGCAGGUCCCCGGGCCACCCCAAGAACAUGACCGUCUCCCGGGGGGGCCGCAUGCAGUGCGAGGAGCUGGUGGCGUACCUGCGGGAUGAGUCUGAGUUUAGAGACAAGCUCACGCCCAUCACCAUUUUCAUGGAGUACCGGCUGGACUACAGCACGGCGGCCGACGCCACAGGCCUGCGGCCCAUCCUCAACCAGUUCACGCCCGCCAACCUCAGCCGGCAGGCUCACAUCCUCCUGGACUGCGGCGAAGACAACAUCUGCAAACCCAAGCUGGAGGUCUCCGUGGACAGAGACCAGAAGAAGAUCUACGUCGGGGACGACAACCCCCUGACCUUGAUGGUGACGGCGCAGAACCAGGGCGAAGGCGCCUACGAGGCAGAGCUCAUUGUGGCCCUCCCCCCGCAGGCCGACUUCAUCGGCGUCGUCCGCAACAGCGAGGCCCUGGCGAGACUUUCCUGUGCGUUUAAGACAGAAAACCAGACCCGCCAGGUGGUGUGUGACCUGGGGAACCCCAUGAAGGCUGGGACGCAGCUCCUCGCCGGCCUCCGGUUCAGUGUGCACCAGCAGUCGGAGAUGGACACGUCCGUGAAGUUUGACUUACAAAUCCGAAGCUCCAACCUCUUCGAUGAAGUCAGCCCGGUGGUGUCCUACAGAGUCGACCUUGCUGUCCUCGCUGCCGUGGAGAUCAGAGGGGUCUCGAGUCCUGACCAUGUCUUCCUCCCGAUCCCCAACUGGGAGCACAAGGAGCACCCCGAGACCGAGGAGGACGUGGGGCCCGUGAUUCAGCACAUCUACGAGCUGAGGAACAACGGCCCCAGCUCCUUCAGCAAGGCCAUGCUGACCCUCCAGUGGCCCCACAAGUACCACAACAGCACGCUGCUCUACAUCCUCCAGUACGACGUGGACGGGCCCAUGAACUGCACGGCCGACACCGAGAUCAACCCCCUGAGGAUCAAGGUCUCCAGUUCGCAGCCGGCGGAGAACGACAGCGUCCCCGGGCAGGGCGAGCGCAGCCACCUGGUCACCAGGCGGGACCUGGCCCAGAGCGACGGGGGCGUCCACACGCUGGCUGUGGUGGGGACAGCGACCUGUCCUGUGAGCCGUGUCUCGUUGGCAGGGCUGCGGGGUGGCCGAGUGCCUGAAGAUCGUCUGCCAGGUGGGGCGCCUGGACCGCGGGAAGAGCGCCAUCCUGUACGUGCGGUCGCUGCUGUGGACCCAGACCUUCAUGAACAAGGAAAACCAGAACCGCUCCUACUCCCUGACGUCGUCGGCGUCCUUCAGCGUCAUCGAGUUCCCCUACAAGAACCUCCCCAUCGACGACAUCUCCAACUCCACCCUCGUCGCCACGGACGUCACCUGGGGCAUCCAGCCGGCGCCCAUGCCUGUCCCCGUGUGGGUGAUCAUCUUAGCGGUCCUGGCAGGGCUGCUGCUGCUGGCGGUCCUGGUGUUUGUGAUGCACCGGAUGGGCUUCUUCAAGCGCGUGCGGCCGCCUCAGGAAGAGCCCGAGAGGGAGCAGCUCCAGCCGCGAGAGAACGGCGAAGGGAACUCGGAGACCUAACCGGGCGGCUCGAGCUGCGCUGCCCCCGGCCCCGGAGGGCACCAGGGCCCCGAUCCCGGUUCCCUUCGCGGGGACUGAGUCACCGCUGCUGCCGGGGGCGUCGGCCACGGCACGAGGGCGAUAACCGUCAGGCUGCCCGCCACCAACAAUCAGACGCACCUUGAACGCACACCCACUGACGUGCGUCUGGUGCUUGAGACGCGGUUCCCGGGACAGCUCAUCCAUGUACAUAGGCCAGUUGUCAGUGGAUCACACUUUCUGUGACACGGUACCCCCUCCCGCAGUGACGUUUCUGGCUUGUGCUCUGGAUUUAACGAAACCUGUUGUUGUUGUUCUAAAGCGAUUCCUCCUUGGACCUUCGCACCCGCAUCGUUUGCACAGGGACUCAAUGUUAAUACACAUCACACUACAGGCGCCUUUUCAGUGACUAAAGACGUUACAGCUCUGGGAACUUGGAUUUUAAUAUUUCUACAUUUAUUACCACAUCAGAAUGUUUUCCUGGAAUAGAUAGGGAGAGUAUUUUGACUGACUAUGAAAUUCGGGUACGUGUUGUUAAAUCUUUAUUUAUAUCUAAUCCACGGUCCGCCUUAUUGCAUUUUGACUAUUUACGUGUACGCUGCAUUUCCCAUCCUCUAAGUCGACCUGUGCUAAAGUUAGUCCUUUCAUCACAAACACCCGUGUGUAGCAGCUUGAUUUCAGCUGAGCAUCGUGCUGCUUACAUCUAUAUGGAGUUGGAAAUCAUUUAUUUCAUUGAAUUGGUCUGGCCACUUACUAUACAAAAAAAGAGGCAUUUUAAUUUAAAAACCAUGUUUGUAGUUCGUCAAUAGAGUUGCUUAUCAAUAGCACGUUCUUAGAUUAGAUCCAGUGUUCAGUUGGGGUUCAUUUAUUUUCCUCCUGUCUAGUCUAGGUACUUUUCCUUUUGUUCCCCAAACUGUUACUGAAGAACGUCAAGGCCAGCGAGGAGUCUUGACACCUCAGGAACCGGCACCAGCCUCGGCCGCACGGGAAGUGCCCGGCGUCGGAAGUCUCGAGCAUCAGUGGUGCGAGGCUGCGUACCUGGCGUUACCUCGUUCUGAGCGAGGUGUAACGUGCAAAGCCAGUCUCAGCUCUCAAAUAAUUUUUUAAAGGUACUUUUAUAAGCAAUUCCAGUUACUGGGAAGAUUUUACAACUUUCUUAGGGUUAUUACCAUGAAUUACUUUUCUAGGAGUUUUUUAUAAAAGCUGCACGGAGUGUGCUGUGCCUGCAGGCGAUGCGUUUGCUGGAGGCCUGUGUGACUCACUCACAGCCCCUCAGCCGGGCUGCGAUGACUCUCAUCACUGUUUUUGUGCAAUUACAUCAUGUUAUGCGUUAGAGGUUGAGGGUUCCGUCGCUUUUUAACUACUGUCUUCAUUAGGCAAUGACAAGUGUUUCCCUUAAAUCAUUGAAUGUCUUUCUGUUUUAAAGACAACUGGGAUUUAUCCUGCCGUGACUCGCGUGCUAAUUCCCCACGCAGCCAUACGCGAGAGGCACGUGGGUGAGUCACACACGACCCAACAUCGGCAGGACCCCGCAGUUUUCGUCAGUGAUUUAACAGUGAGCAGAUUUGGUAGGAUGGAUUUUAUUAGUAGCUUAAGAGAGCUUACUCACAUGCAGUUAGGACUUCUACUGCCAAUAAAUUUAUUUCUUUUAAAGAAAAAACCAUGUUUAUCCUCGGGCCCGCCCCCAGGCAGUCGCUGUCGCUCUAUAACGACGUGACCCAUUCCCCCCCCCACCCCCCCUGCACACCGACAGUCAUUCCUGAAGUGACGUGUUGGGGAGAGAUUCACUCUUUCCAAGCAGUUUGUGUUUCCUUUCGCACAGUCUGUCCCUGGUGCGGCCUCUGUCCGAGGUCCAGUCUGGUAUCGGAGAUCGAAGGGCGCCCCAUCGGAACUUCACGCGAUGUUUCAGAUUGCCUUUAUGCCUGUGGUCUUAGGCAGUAGGAUUUUCUUUAAAAAUGAAAAUUUACAUCUCUAAAAAAUAUGGUAGAAGCCUAAUGUGAGAGCCUACUCGUGGAGGAAAAUGUCUGGAUUCUCUGUACCUGAAAGUAGCCUGUCAAUAUAUCUGGUUAAAAUGUAAAAAAACAAAACCCUAUGAAAACUAUUUUAAUUUUCAACUAUUUUAAUUACUAUUGUGUUAUUUAUUGAGAAUUAAAAUCCAGUUUGAGUAGACGGUUCUUGUAAUCUGACUCAGUUUUAAGAAAACACAUGAGUGAGGUACAUAAUACUUAAAGCAUUUGUGGUUGGGAGAUAUUGAUACUGUCGUUGAUUUCUUACAUAGGCAUUUAUUUGAGAAUUAAUAUUUUAAAAAACAUUUGCAUGAGACAUUCGUUCCUUGUCUUCCCUUUACCUUUCUCUCGCGAUUAUUAUGAUCAUUCUGGUUGAGUUCUUAAUUCUGACGUGCAAAACAAUCAAAAAGGGAGUGUCACAAUGAUACCUGCGUUAUGAAACUCCUUUUUCAUGGUAAAUUCUCAUUAAUACUUUUCUAUAAGAAGGAAAUUUACAUAUUAAGAAAAGAGACUCUGCUGGCUGCUUAAGAGGCUGCGGACGGUUCUAACAGCGAGCCAUGCCCUCAGGGAAGGGUCUGUGUGGCGAAAGCACAGGGUGUCCCAGGCCGGCUGGGUUAUCAGGCCAACACCUCGGGAGGCGGCGGGCGCUCCUGUGGCAGAGGGAGGCGCCCGGCACGGUGAGGACCGGUCGCUCGGCCACCUGGGCCCUGACUCAGUGCCACCUGCUGUGCUGCUGGGGAGCUCAUGCAGGUGGGAGUUUGAUAAAUAAGAAAAAAAUAAAAUCUGAAGAUGGAAUUAGGAUCAAACAUGGUGAAGAAAUGGCGUAGUCCUGUGUUCUGGAGCGUCACCCUCUCGCUGGCUGGGAGGCGGAUGCAGUGAGGAUGGGACCUGCUUGCCUUUCACUGCCACUUCUGGUACAGAAUGAGCUUCCGGGAGAGGUACGAGCCUGGCGUCCUGUUGCCGUUGUCCCCAAGUGCAACAUAACGAGUAACCAGGCCCAGACAGUCUCCGGCAUCCGUCGCUCGCUGACCCUGAGCUGAUGGCGAUGGAUUGAUGCUUGGUGAGCAGGAGGCGUGAGUCUGCUGGGGGCACACAGAGGAAGUCGCUCGGGUCCGUCCCUUCUGCAUGUUCCUUCCGGCUGGACAGGGCUCCCGCCUUGGGUCUGAAACGCUUUGGAAUCUCCUGACGCGAUUGGGAAGCUGCGGACGUCAGAGCGGUUUGCUGCCUGGGUAACAGGCUUUCUUAGUUCGCUUCCCGUGAGCAGCCCACGGGCGAGGCAUAAAACGCGCGUGUUUUACCCUUGUCGUUGCCAACUUGCUCUGAGUCUGUGGAGCGGGUACCGUGUCCUCCUGGUGUCCGGUGUGUGACUCGCGACUGACCGCCCAAUAAACUUGAGCCUCAGGUGCCA